AAUCGUCAAAUUAUUGGACAGAGACGAUGAGGGGAGAAGGUGUAUCGAAAGUGAUCGAUAGACGAUCUCGCGAUCGACUCGUGAUGAACUGAAGGAUGGAUCGAUUGGAUUCGUAGCUAAGAUCGACACGCGAGACGCGAUAAAAGUCGCGAUAACGGCAAAUACGGAAGGUAGCCGGUCGCAAAUAUAAGACGAUCUCUUGUUUAAUCGCGUAUCGAGAUAAGGCGAUGGCAUUUGUGUGUAGACACACUGUGCUCUGAUCGAGAUGGAGACGCGAUUAUUUUGAAUCCAGUUCGAAGAAUUCGCUCCUCUGUGCAUGCAGGCUCUGUUAUUGGUUUCGCUAUUGGAGGUGAUGAACACGAAGGUUUUCGAAAAGAAAUCGUGAAAAGUGUGCGCCGGAUUCUCUGUGAAUGGGAAAGAUUGGAGUUUCGUAAGUUCUUCGAUCGAAGAGGAACACGCGCGAAGAAUUCGAAAGAAUUUGUAGAAGGAAAUAUUUAUAGAAUACGAAUAUGAAAAAAUUCUGAGAGAUAGAUAUCAGGUUUUCAGGAGUAUAUAUAUGUAGAAUUUGUUGAUGAACAUUUUGAUCGUGGUUUUUUAUUCGUUUAAUUAAAUCGAGAGGGAAGAUUGAGAAUUUUUGAAAGGAUGAGAAUGACGGACGAGAAGGAUCUGAACGAGGUAUUGUGCGUGAAGAAUGUGGUGAAGACGAUGAAUGGGAAUGAGAAGAACAAUGGUAAUUCGUUGGAAACGAAGGUUUACAAGAAACGAUGGCUGAUUCUGGGUUUAUUUAUCGUUUACACGGGAAUGAGCAACUUCCAGUGGAUUCAAUAUUCUAUAGUCAGCAAUAUAGUGAGCAGGUACUAUGGCGUCUCUUCAUUGGCUGUCGACUGGACAGCAAUGGCAUUUAUGGGUUAUUACCUGAUUUUCAUCUUUCCUGCCACGUACAUGGUGAACCGAUGGGGACUUAGAUGGAGUAACAUUAUAGGAUGUUGUGUCACGUGCCUUGGUUCGUGGAUUAAGGUUUUAUCUGUCAGUCCUGACAGAUUUUGGGUCACUUUCAUUGGACAAUCCUUGGUUGCUUCUACACAGACUAUAAUUCUAACGUUACCCGGACGCCUGGCGGCGCAAUGGUUCGCCGCCGACGAACUUUCCACGGCUACGUCGUUAAGCAUUUUUGGCAACCAAAUGGGGAUAGCUUUAAGUUUCUUAAUUACACCGAUAAUCGUGAAAAAUCACGAGAAUCUAGACGAUAUUGGCGCUGGCUUGUCGCAUCUAUUUUGGGGCGUAGCUAUUAUCUUGACAGUUGCGCUUAUAUUGAUCGUAAUACUAUUCGAGGACGAUCCAAAAAUACCACCGAGUAAAACACGAGCUCUUCAAAAAUUGAAUGAAAUGCAGGUCGAGGAAAGUUUGAUAGAGCCAAUUAAGAGAUUGUUCAAGAACAAGUAUUAUAUGUCUCUUUGCAAUUCGUACGGUUUGAGUAUAGGUGUUUUGAACGCCGUGGGAACAUUGUUGAAUCAAAUAUAUCUCGUGCAUUUCGAGAAUGGUGAGGAAGACGCGGGUAGAAUCGGUUUGGUCAUGAUCAUUACAGGGAUGAUAGGUUCUGUCAGUUUUGGAGUGAUUCUCGAUAAAACGCAUAAGUACAAGGAAACGGCAGUGGUCGUGUAUUUUCUCUCGCUCGGCGGCCAGAUAUUCUUUUCUACCUUCACGUUCCUCGAAAUGAAAUGGAUGGUGUAUUUGGGCUCCGUUUUUCUAGGGUACUUCUUAGUCGGAUACGUGGCCUUAGGAUACGAAAUGUGCGCGGAAUACACGUAUCCGGAAUCCGAGGGGAUAACGGCGGGAAUUUUGAACGUGGCUAAUAACGUUUACGGAAUUGUUCUCAUUCUGAUAAUGGGUCGGUUGCUCGAGGUAUACGGGGAUAUUCCGGUGCACGUGGGCCUUUGUAUAGCGCUGCUCAUCGGGUUUAUCAUGACCUUGCUGACGAAGGACGUGCAAAGGCGCCAGGAUGCCAGAAAUAGUGUCCAUUAUGUCGGUGUUGAACAGAGUGAAAAGAGCAACGAGCGCAAUGGACUCGAGAAAAAUUGAUUCGCUCUUAACUACCGUGUAUUUUUUAUAUUAACGUGACAUACUGCUUCAACUUUCGAAUAUAGGGGUGGAAGAGAUGUUGCAAGGUUAUAUGUAUAUAAUAAUGCCUGGUUAAAUGUGAUUGGAAACGGAUCGAUGGAUUUUGUAUCGUGGAAAUCGAGAGAGGAAGAAAAAUACUUUUCUUAUGAAAGAUACUUUUAGUUGCAGUUUUAUAGUAAGAAUUGGUAAGGAUAAUUUUGUCAGUUAACUAAGCAUUAUUAUAAAUUUAAUCCUCGAAUUGAAUAUAGCUAUAACUUUGCUACGUGUUUUCCACUAUCCAUAUUUUUUGUAAUGAUCCAUAUCCUCAUCAAUGACUGUAUACAGGUUGAACAAAAUAAUUUGAUUUGAUUUUCAAUGAUAUUAAAAAAUAUUUUAAAUUAAAAUUGAGCAGACAAUAAUGUAGAGAUACGAAGAUCAAUUUUCUUACUGCAAAAAAUUAUUUAUAUUUUAUCUCGUCUGAAGAAAAUUUUCGAUAAAUGAUAUUAAUACAUGCAUAUCAUAAUUCGUAUGGAUUGGAAGAGUUCAUUGUCAUGAAAGGAUUAUUAUUAGACUGCAGCUAAUUUUCAUAUAAGAAAUUUAAAUACACGAAAAUAUGCACAUAAUAUUUUCUUAGUUGUAUUCAUAAAAAUAUGAAUUUGAAAUAAACAUUUGCAGUUUAUUUAUUAUAAAUAUUAUUAUAAUAAAGAUACUCUUCUUUUUAUACAUUUGUAUAUAGAACUCUGCGAUGUUUGAGUGAAAUAAUUAUUGUGAAUGACUGCAUGGACGAUAGAAGAUGUAAUAAAUAUAUCUAAAGGAAGUAAAUGUAAUUAAUGAGAAAAAAAUUUUAAUAAAUGUCUGUGAAAAUAUGGA